AUGAACGGGAACAACCACCUCGGCGGAGGGUGGCGCGAUAUCCUUGGAAUAUGUCUUCCCCACAGACGCGAUCUUUCUCCCCAUAGUGGUUAUGGAGGAGGGCCUCUGGCGUUCGUGAUCAAGAUUUCAGCAGCCCUCAUCAUAGAACUCUACGGCAAGUCUGUGGGUAGUACUCCGGGGUUGAGACGUUGCGUGUUGGUGGCUUCGCCUGAAUCAACCCCUACUACUCUUCUGAGGAGGACCGCCUUCGUGGCUCUUCAGUUUGUCUGGCCGAAAUUCUUUCCGGAAGAUCUUCCAAUUUUUUCCGGUUCGAGUUGGCAGCAGCGCAAAUCUUCUGUGUGGCGUUGUUCAACUGGCUCCGCGAUCGUGUUUCAUGAUGUGGCUGGGCUACCUUGUUCGAAUCAUGUACAGCGUUCGUUCCGGUGGGACCCAUUUCAUGCUGGGUACUGUAUCCCUGAACAGGAUGAAAUUCUAGGGCUUGAGAAGCAGGACCAUUUGAGCGCUCAACUUCGUGCGCUCCGCCGCAUCGAGUACGAUACGGCCCCGCAAGAAUUUCUACCCCAGGACGAAAGCCCUCUCGACCUGACGGAGCGCCUCCAAUACACGACAUGUACGGCUUUAGCCCUUAUCCUGGCCAACCGACAGCCCGAACUUCCGAUAGCCGUCCUGGCCCUCGACGGUACACAUAUCCUGGCCGCUGAAUCGCACGAAAGUGAAGACAUCGAUAACGACUGGCCGCUCACCUACGUUCUCGCUCGGUCAGGCAUGGUUCUCGAGGACGAUAGGGCGCUCGCGCUCGCGCUCUUCGAUGCUGCCGCAGACGCCACACAAGUUUCCGAUAUAUGGACGUUCAUCACGAUGAACGCACCAGGCUGCCUGGAGCGGAUUUUCCACGAGCUCAGCCUCCUACGAUUCAGCCAGAUUACGGUUGCGCUUGGAACAUACUGGACGACCGUCCUUCCGAAGCUCGGCGUCAGGGGAGCAGAGUGCGAGAUCAAUGGGAAGGAAGGUCCGUGGAUGUGGGAGGAGUUAUGCCACAGCCAAGGAACGGACGACGUAUACCAGGUAUAUUUCGGGCUCGUUCGCUGUUUUCACGAGGCUCAGGCUAUCAACCUUCCCGCCCAAUAUCACGAAACUUGCAUCGGGAGAUCGAAAUCGGACCUGAACCCGAAGAUUCCGCGGAAAACCCAAUACUGCAUGCUCCUCGCUCGCUUCGCGUCAUGCAUGCGCCACACGAACUUCCUCUCCGACACCGUCUUCCAAGAGCUGGAGACGGCAGGGGUCGACACCCGCCACGUCAGAAGGUUCGCGUAUCUUAUUGGCCGCCUCGCGGAUUUCGACGCGGCGUUGGAGGACAUGGUCGCGUAUCGUGACCAGCUCUUCCGGCGUGUAUGGGGAACCGAGCUACGCGUCCAGCACAUAUGGGCGUCCGACGAUCUGAGCGCCAUGGAUAUCUGCACCCAACGCGUCGUUACGGCGUUUCCUCCCGUUCGCGCAGACAUCAACUUCCUCAUGUACCGCCUGAACCUAUCCUGGCACGACUCGCCCGUGACGGUAGCGAACCUCCAUCCCGAAGUUCAGCUCGUCUUGUGGUAUCAAGUCACGCACGAGGUCGAAUCGUGGCUCGUUCGAGACUGGAUCUACGCCGCUUACGAGGGUAGACCGAAUCUUCCUUAUGGUUUCCCACUGGAGUACGAUGAAGCCAGAACUAUAUCGAUGGGUCUUUCAAGCAGCGGAGAAACCGAACAGGCCCCGAUGGCGGAUAGCAAGGUCAUCCAGCGGGAGCUAUGUGGACUGGCUCCUGCCUACGACUUUGAUUUUCGAUUUUCAUAA